AUGGCUCCUAUCAGCCAUCUCCUCUCAAACGACCACGCCGAACAACGACUGAAUCGCGCGCCGAUCCCGCCGCUCUUUCACUUCAUCCUCUACAACCGCAAUCUGUCGCAUCCGGCGUUCCUGUGCUCGCUCGAAGCUGCGAUCCGAAGCAACCCCGAUGUUCAAGUCGUCCUCUAUACCGCAGACCCAUUUGAGCUCCACGCCUCGGCCAACGCAUCGACCUAUUGGAGCUCGGCCAUCUUUUCCAAGCGGCUGUGGAUCAAGCGCCUGGAUCACAAGCACAUGUUCAAGGGAACGCCGCUCGAGGGUUGGUUCAACCAGCGAUGGCACACCUUCUCGCACUGGAUCGACCAGAACCUCAGCAACGCCUUCCGUCUGGCGGCCCUGUGGCGGCAUGGCGGCAUCUAUCUCGACAUGGAUAUCAUCUCGGUGCGGCCCUUCCCGCUGGGUCAUCGGCUGCUAGUGCUCGAAGACGAGUCUCUCAUCAACAACGCUGUCAUGGCGUUUCCGCCAAAAGACCCGUUCGUUGCCCACAUGAUUGAGGAGUUUAUCAACCGGUUCAACGGCUGGAACUGGGCCGAAAAUGGGCCUUAUGCCGUCACCCGAACUUUCCGCCAGCAGUGCCUCGCUGCCCAGAAUGCCUCCGAUCCGCUGACGACCUGGGACGGCCAGUAUCCUCCCGGAGUCGAUCCCAGCUGCCAUGGCCUGGUCAUCACCCGGAACCAGAGCUUCUAUCCGGUGCACUGGUCCGACUCAAGGCUGUUCAUCCAGCCCGCCGCACAGCACUGCCGCCACAUGGAAGCCAUUCACCACAACUCGAUCGGCGUUCAUUGGUGGCAUAAGGGCUUCGAAAACGAUACCCUUCUGCCGAGCGAGUCUGUCCUGGGCACGCUCUUCCACAACCACUGUCCGAGGCUCGUGGAGGUGUUUGGAUGGGACGGAAUACUGUAG